CCCUGUGCUGCUGCAAAUCACCAUGGAAGGCUCAAGAUGGAGGGAACGGGGCCUGGGUGGCUUGUGCCUUCCUCCCACAAAGAUCACAAAAUGCUCCCGGCGCUUACUUCCGACGCAUCCAAGGAGUUCUGCAACAACAGAAGGAGAAACAAGGCUUCACAGUCCUCAUCUUUCACUGACAGGAAUAACAGGGAAAGAAACCUGGACACAAACUUCAUCACAUCACAGAGAUGUAGACAGUGCUACGCAGCUCUUAAACGUACGAGCUCCUGCGGAGGAAAGUCUGCUUUUAGGACAGGCCCCGCAGUGACAGGCUGCGGCAUGGCAGGGAGAAGCCCAGGUAAUUCUGGCGGGGCAGCGGCUGGCGAUGCAGGACGCAGCAGGUACCCAGCCAUCCAGCCAGCCCGCCUUACCACAUCUACACGGUGGCGUUUACCUAUUCGCUCGCGCCGUGGCUGCCACGCAACCUAUCUGGGCGGCCGGCUGGCACAGCCCGCGGUCACCGGAGCGAUGCCGAAGAGGAAACUCCCGGUCCCUCUUCGGGCGAGGGGCGCGCUGCGGGCCGGCUCCGGGCGGGCAGCUCUCCCUCCUCGGCGGCGGCGGCGGCGGCGGCGGCUGUGCUCCGCUCUGCGGCCAGCGGCGGGCAGCGUCCAUUGCAGCUCGGCGGGUCCGCGUCCGGACUCCGGGGGCUCCGGCAGCCAGCGGAGGCACCCGGACCGCGCUCCCCUAAACACCGCUGGCCAGGGGUGGCUCCUCAUGUUCCUGGGAGAUUCGAGCUUUUUUCUCAAGCCCACAACUGUCUACUUCCCACCUUAUAGCUGUCUUCCUCUGUCAAGUCAAUUGUACCUCGAAAAAGCCAUCUUCGUGGCUGUGCUGUAGCCUCUAAUUAUUCUCUGCAGAAAAGAAGAGGGUGCUGUCUAGCUCCUGUUACAGAGCAAAGAAGAGGCAAAAGUUGAGUGGGGAUUAUCUAGGCCAGAACAGUACAGGUUCUGUAUCCCAAGGCACAGUCCCUUCCAGUCUUCAGCUGCCCCUGCUGGGCUGACCACACCCAAGUAGGACAGCUGAUGUCAGAGGCUCACAGUUCAAUCUUCAUUAUAUUGCUAUGUAGUUGUCAGGGAUUAACUUUUGUUGGGUAAAGCAUGAUCAGGCACAUCUUAUUCAGAAAACAUGACUGGUAGCACUAGCAGAACUGACCUAAUAUAUAAAACACUUGCCCAGUGACUCAACCUACCCAUCAUCAAGCAACACUAGAAUGAAGAAUGAACCUACAACCAGUAAAAAUCAUCCAACCUGAAUGGUGCUUUCCACCUCAUGAAACUCAUCUACCUCAACUUGAAGGGCAAUAACAGAGCCCUGCCUUCAGGGACAUCUGGGACCAAGCCGGUAUAGCUGGAACCAGCACAAUUAAUGCUGCUCCUCCCAUCAAUUGACAAUUGUUGGUCCUGUCAGCAAGGAGAGGGGAAGUAGAGAUAGCCACUCUUCUGUAAUUUUGUAGUGUCCUUUGCAUUGUUAAUCACUCUUUCAUAGAGGUAAUGAAGAGUCACACUCCUUCCCACAUAUCCAAUUAUUGCACAAUAAUUAAUGUGCAAUUCAGCCCAUCCUGACCUAAACCACAAGAUGCUGAAGUCUCUUGAGUCAGUUUAAGACUGUCUUGUCGGUUUCUAAACCAGGAUCAAUUAAUGGUAGGUAUUUUCUGUACGCUCUAUGCAAAUUCCUGUCCCAGUUCCUGCCCUUUGCCUUUGAGGUCUGUUUUCCAGUGCAGUGGUGGUCAGGCAGUGGUGGCCAUUGGAUACAUCAGGACCAUAGCUCGGUGGAAAGAGCGCAGAUGGACACACUAGCCUCUUUUGUCUCUACACCUUUGUGUGUAAGUAGGGGUUAUGUUUAUAUAACUUUGUAUCUAGUUUAAAUGUGCAACAUCCACUUGCUAACUGAAUGUGCAGAGAUGGAAUAAAACAUUUUCCUAUUCAUUCUAGAUCUGUUUUCUAGCCCAACUAAAAUCUUGUCCAGUUGACGUAUCUACCUCAUGGAUAAUGUCCACUGUCUCCCAGCAUAAAUGAACCAUAGCUGUAUGUGUUUCCUGCUAGUUAAACUGACUUAAAUGACUAAUCAUCUCUUAAUUAGUGUAUUGCCUUUGGUCUUCUCAGGGUCCUCAUAACCAUGCAGAGUGUAAAACUGGAUAAUUUUCCCACUACGUAAUCCCUAAAAUAGUUCAGUCUUCUUGAGCAAUAGAAAGUUACCUGGACUUUAUUAAUGAAAGUUGAGUUUCAGUGUUUGGAGAAGCUCUUUGUUCUCUUUCCUGGUUUUCAAGGAAGCUGAUUCCUAUCUUUGCUCAGAAUGCUUCCAUAGUGGCUUGUCUAUUUGAGUUUCAACUCAUGCUUGAAAAUGCUUUCUUCCUCACUAGUCUUAAAGUCUGAAUAGUCCUUUACAAACAGGUAAUGUAGAACAUUUAAAAUAUUAUCCUUCCUGUCACUCUCCAAAGCUAUCUGUCAUGAUAGGUCUAUCAUGGCUGGAAUUUAGUUGCAGACAUUCCAGGAUUUACACUCAUCAAAUGUCUUAGGUUGCAAAUGCAAGGUGUGGCCAGGGGUGUGUAUUCUAUUGCCAUCUGUCAGAACCAGGUGGGGUGGUUUUCUUUAUCUCUUCCACAACCCAUCCUCCCUCCGGAGAGAUAUCUUCUGUAGUGGGUCAUUAAGUCCCACUUAUCAGUCAAGCCACUGCAUGACUGAUAAAAUUACAUCAUCCCAUUGUGAGAUGCUCUGCCCAGGGGGAGGAGCCAAGCAUUCCUACCUGGAUAUAAUCAGAGAUUUGGAAUACCUUUUGGAAUUUCCUUUCCAAAAAUCCAGUGGAAAAGGAUUCCCAGAGGAGCAGACUUUUUUUCUACUGGAUUCCCAGAGGAAGACCAGGCCCAUCUACACCAGCACUGGACCUUCAGAGGAAAACUACACCCUUCUACAGAAUCACUGCUUCAACAGAACCACAUCUAUCACUUCAGGAGGAUUGCAGCCACCAUUUAAUCAGACUGCUACCAACACCCUGACCAAAAAGGCAUCAAGUCAUAUUCUGUCAGUGUUGUUUUGUAUUUUUGCAUUUUUGUUUUCACUUUUCCUAAUACAAAACUGUUAUUCCUAGUCCCAUAUCUUUGCCUGAGAGCCCCUUAAUUUCAAAAUUAUAAUAAUUCAGAGGAAGGGGAUUUACUAUUUCAAGAGAGGCUUCUGCCUUCCUUGGCAGACACCUGUUUUUUCAAACCAAGACAUCAUAGUAGUUUCAUAAAUACUAUCUUAGUAACUUCAUAAAUACUUCAUAAAUACUAUCUCUUUCUACCUUUGCAUCUACCUCUCCUUUUCCUAAUAAUUAAAUUGCAAAAUCUUUGUAACUGAGAAGUUGUCAUGUUGCUCUCUAUUUAGAGAGAUCUCCAUUGCAAUUAUCAUUCAUGACUGGAAUUCUUAGG